AUGAAUCCGAAGAAGGCAAGCUCAAGACUUAGUUUUGAGCAGAAAAUGAAGUAUGUGAGUUUGGUAUUACUGGUUUUCUUCACCAGCGCCCAGAUUCUCUGCAUGCGAUAUGCAAGAACAAGAGAAGACAGUAAGUAUGAUUCGAACACAGCCGUCUUGUUAGGAGAGGUGUUCAAGCUGAUUAUGUCGUUUUUGCUGUUGUCAUCAGAGAAGGGAGGCUUGAGGAAAGCCUAUGGGCAAUUGGAACUGGAGAGAACGAACCAUCAACGCGAUGUACUGCUCCACGCCGUUCCUGCACUUCUCUAUACAAUUCAAAACAACUUCAUGUAUCUGGCAAUAUCAAAUUUGGAUGCUGCAGUAUUUCAAGUGUGUUCUCAGUUAAAGCUCAUUACCGCUGCAAUAUUCAGUGUGACUUUCCUGAAGAAGCAGAUCUCGAGCUUCCAAUGGCUUUCUCUGUUUAUCUUGGGAGUAGGCUUAGUCUUGGUGAAUAUGAGAUCUGGGUCGAGUGCAGAUCUAUCAGAAAACACGAAUAUGGUACUUGGUCUGUUCUCAGUGCUUGUCUUUUGCUGUACCUCUGGUUUCGCUGGAGUAUUCAUGGAGAAGCUAUUUAAGGAUAAUAAGUUCUCGGUCUGGUCCCGAAACAUUUGGUUGGCGCUGUUUAGUAUCCUGUCGGGCGUUUUGGGUAUUGUCUUCAAAGACUGGAGGUUAUUAAUACCCUCUAACUUCUUUAAGGGAUACUCAUUCUGGGCGUGGCUCGCAGUGAUCCUUUUAGCGAUCGGCGGUUUGAUUAUCGCGAUGGUGCUAAAGUAUGCGGAUAAUAUAAUAAAGGCUUUCGGGAACGCUGCUUCGAUUGUAGUGAGCACGUUCCUCUCGGUGUUCUUGUUCGAUUUUGUGAUUACAAGCAAUUAUAUUUGCGGUUGUGUUCUCGUAAUCAUAGCGAUUGUGAUGUAUUCGUCUGGACAAAAGAAAUAG